AUGGCGGCUGUGCCAAGCACUCGUGACGAGACUCGGCUGGGCUGCACCAUCUCCAGAUGGCAAUUCUGCUUACGGCUGCACCCCAACCUGGUGGCCUUCAAUCACACAAUCAGCACAUGUGGAAAGACGUCCGAAUGGCGGGUGGCUUUGGCUUUACUGGGUAAGCUGAAAAGGGAAAGGACGGAAGCGGGAAGGAGUGCCGACAUCUAUUCCUAUAACAGUGCCAUCGGUGCAUGUGAGAAAGGCCACGUUUGGGAAACGGCUUUGUCUUUGACCAUGGAAUGCAUGGAGGGCCGCAUGAAGUGCAUGGGCUGUCUGGAACGACGUAUGUCCUUCGAUGCGGUUACGCUGAACACGGCCUUGUCCUCCUGUGGAAAGAGCGAGAAAUGGCCACAGGCCUUCCAGGCCUUUCACUUGGCCAAGGUGUUGGACCUUUGCGAUGUCUUCACUUUGAACAGUGCCUUGAGUGCUUCUGAAAGAGUCACCCUUUGGCGGAGCGCGUUGAGCACACUCGCAGCGACAGCGACGAGCCAAUCAACUCCCGAGAUCUCCAAGAGGAGCGGCCAACUGAGCUGUCGUCCCGAUGUGAUCUCCUUCAACUCUUUGAUCUCCGUGUGUGCUCGUGCCGAUCAAUGGAGACGAGCCAAGCAGUUCUUUGAUUUUCAACAGGUGGGACAACGAAAGAGCAAAGAGAGCGCGAAGCGAUGCGAAGCGCUAAGAAAACCGUUCUUGAACUUCAGUUACAUAAUUGCAUUGUUUUACAUUCCAGUUCAGUUUGCCAUGAGAAUUGUAUUUGAUGGCUGGAAACUAUAG